AGGUUGUGAUUUAAAUGUCCUCUCAUACGGCGGGUCCUGCUACCACUUCGUCCAGACCAAGUCCAACUUUUCCUCUGCAAAAUCAACAUGCGAAUCAUUUCACGGUUGGCAUCUCGUCUACAUCGGCUCGCAGGAAGAACAAGACUUCCUUGAGAGGGAGCUACCGGACAUGGUGGAAGGAUACUGGAUUGGGUUAUCCAGUGUGACCUGGCUUGAUGGUAGUAGUCUCACCUACAACAAUUUCGGAGGACCUUAUGUUUCGACGUUUAAUGAUCAAGGGAUUGCUUUCCGAAUUUCAAAGGGCUCUCGAGCAUGGUACGAUGUGAGUUACGAUGGGAAUUUCCGCUACAUUUGUGAAAACGAAGGGGCUGCCUGUGUUGGUGAUGACAUCGGACACAACGAUUCGUGCUACCACUUUUCAGCGGUGAACUCCAGGUUCCCUGAAUCAAGAUCUACCUGUGAAGGACUCGGGAUGCACCUGGUUUACAUUGGAUCUCAAGAAGAGCAGGACUUCCUUGUCAGCCACUUGGUGGACACCGAAGAAUACUGGAUCGGUCUGUCCAGUAUGGUUUGGCUUGAUGGCUCACAUCUCGUUUACAAUAAUAUCCCAUACCAUGACUAUGCCUUUGAUGACGAGGGAAUAUGCUUCAGGAUGUACCCAUCGGAACUGGUGUGGUACGAUCAGAACUGUUCCGAUAGCUAUCAUUACAUUUGUGAGAAAGAAAUCGGUGAGUAG